UAGGGGCGGCAGCCAGCUGGGAUCAGCUCGGUUCCGCUCCGCUCGGCUCGGUUCGGCUCUGCGCGCACGCGGCUGCGGCCCAGGCUCUGGCGCUGCUCUGUGGGUCCCCGCCCAGCAUCAGGAUGCGGCGGUCCUUGGCCUCUCUCUGCUUCUGGCUGGCGCUCAGCAGUGCCUAUAAUGCGCCUUGGUUCCACCCGCUGUCCGACGAGCUGGUCACCUACGUCAACAAGCUGAACACGACGUGGCAGGCUGGACGCAACUUCUACAACGUGGACAUGAGCUACGUGAAGAGGCUGUGUGGUACCUACCUGGGUGGGCCCCGGCUGCCACAGAGGGUCGGGUUUGCCGAGGACAUGAAUCUGCCCGAGAGCUUCGAUGCCCGGGAACAGUGGCCCAACUGUCCGACCAUCAAAGAGAUCAGAGAUCAGGGCUCCUGCGGCUCCUGCUGGGCGUUCGGGGCCGUGGGGGCCAUGUCGGACCGGGUCUGCAUCCACACCAACGGGCACGUCAACGUGGAGCUGUCUGCAGAGGACCUGCUCAGCUGCUGCGGCCCCAUGUGUGGGGAGGGCUGUAAUGGUGGCUACCCCUCCGAAGCUUGGGAAUACUGGACCAAAAAAGGCCUGGUCUCUGGUGGCCUGUAUGACUCCCAUGUGGGCUGCAGACCCUACUCCAUCCCUCCCUGUGAGCACCAUGUGAACGGCACCCGGCCCCAGUGCACUGGGGAGGGUGGCGACACCCCCAAGUGCAGCAAGAGCUGCGAGCCCGGCUACUCCCCGUCCUACAAGGAAGACAAGCACUACGGGUACGAUUCCUACAGCGUCUCCAAUGUCGAGAGGGAGAUCAUGGCAGAGAUCUACAAAAACGGCCCAGUGGAGGGCGCCUUCACCGUGUUCUCGGACUUCCUGUCAUACAAGUCAGGAGUGUACAGGCACGUAGCCGGAGAGGUGCUGGGGGGCCAUGCCAUCCGCAUUCUGGGCUGGGGAAAGGAGAACGGUGUCCCCUACUGGCUGGUUGGCAACUCCUGGAACGAUGACUGGGGUGACCAUGGCUUCUUUAAAAUCGUCAGAGGAGAGGAUCACUGUGGAAUCGAGUCUGAAAUCGUGGCUGGAAUCCCGCGCACGGAUCAGUACUGGGGGAGGUUCUAGUCUGCUGUGAGCCUGGCUGGCCUGGGUGUUUUCCCUGAACGCAGCCAGCGGGACUGGGGGUGAGACGGCAAGUGUCUUCCGUUCUUGGGAUUCACAUAAGGCAGAGGUUUUAGACAGGGCCUGAAGGCCUGGCUCGGGCUGCUCACACCUUCCCAGACAGCUGUCUUCCGAGGGUACCUGUCCCUCCUGGUCCCCAGCCUGGCCGGGGGGCGAUGGCCAUGGUGCACUCAGCAUCCUCCCCCUGUGGACUCUGCCUGCGGCCCCUGCUCUGGCUGCGGCCCCUCCCACCCACCCCACGCUCCUCCAGGAGCACGACAGACACAGCAGGUUUCCAGAGGAACAAGCACGCAGUUCCUGACGAAGGGCGAAGGCCCCGCAGCAGUCCCUCGGAGCAAGUAGUCUUCUCCAUGGACAGGUGCAGGGCAGGGUGGCAGCAGCCUCGAGAAAGCUGCCUUCCCCCAGGCUGCCGCCUCAGUGCCCUCUGGCGUCCGAGCCCUCUCCUGUUGAUCUUGGCCUUGGCUGAUCCUUUUUCAGUAGUUUCACUUCCUGUGCACCUCAGCUGAUCAUGUGAAUGGACAAGCUGGAGGAACUGCACAAGUUUCCCGGGUUGUCUCCUAAUUGUGUGGCUUAAAAUGAGUCCCGUGGGCACGAUUCGCUUGCUGACUGCUGACCUCAGCGACCACGGUAAAACUAGUUUGGGAGAACGCAGCUUUUCCUGUUUAAAAGCAAGUCAGUGCUUCGCCCUGUCAAUUUAACAAGGAACAACUGUGCCAAUAAACGGUCUCGCCUCA